UUGCAUGUUUCGUUUCACUCUAUACAGAUUGACCACGAUGUAUACAGAAGGCCGUUAAUCGCAGUUUUGGCAUGUCUGUACCAUUUUACCCGAGUCUCAAGGUGGGCACUUCCAGGCGCGAUAAUAUCAAUAAUUUGUGUGUUUAUAAAUUUUGUUCGCAUCUACAAAAGCAUUAAUAUUUUUGUUGAUACAUUGAGUUUGUUUUGGGGAAAUAGUUUUUGCAGAAUCGGCACAACCUGUCUCAUUGUCAGUUAUGGCAUCUUUUCCGGUGCGGUGUUUGUUGUUCGGGUCUGCUUUAAUAGUUAAAUCCUAUGGUCAGACUAUAAGUACCACGGACAGUUCACUGAAAAGGCCUGUCCUGCGGCUUAUCAUGCCUCUAAAUACCGUGAACGCUUUAACAAACAGAGAAACAUACGGCAAAUUAUUGAGAGCGAGAUUUGGAAAUGGUGAUUACAACGUGGAUGAUGUGGAAGAUGCCACUCAGAUGGUCUUCAAUUUAACGGAUCACCUCACCGCAGUUUGCCACGUUCAGUUCCAUACAGUAUUUCGAACAGUUAAUGGAACGACGGAAGACACCUCUGCCGUACUUUAUCAAAACGAUUACAUUGUACCAAACGGUUUCAUACAUAUUGCGCCGCCAACUAUGAGAUUAAACAGAACAUUAUUGGAAAUUAUUCGCAGUACUCGCCAGUUAUCCAAGUACUACAAAGCCAUUCACGUCGUUCCAGGACUUCCAGAAUAUUUAGCAUGUAACCGUCAGAUUACCGUUUUCGCUCCCAACAACGAAGCGAUAGAUAAAUUCGGAUCUGAUAAAUUCAAGAUUCUGAUGCAAUGGCCUAGCGCCAUGCAAGAAUUGCUGAGCAAUCUUGUUGUUUCCAAUGGAUCGUACCUGACUUCCGACUGGGCAGACAAUGACACCUUGGCAACCUUGAAUAUUUACGGCAGUUUACUGAUUCGCAUCACUAAUGACCGCAUCUUGCGAGUGUUGAAUACUCGCCAGUCACCGUUUGUCUCGUCCGAAGCGAACUCGGUGAAAGCGCCUUCCGUUCUGCCGGGGCGGGCCAAAGAAGACCAGGCUCUGGUGCUGGAAUCGGAUUACACGGGACAAAAUGGUGUUCUGCAUAUCGUCGACAGUAUACUAUAUCCACCGGUCCCAUCGGUCAAUGAGACCGUGGCCCAACUGUUCCCUUUUAGUCCGUAUAUGCCACUUCCGCCGAUUGAUGUCAGCUCGUUCGAUGGCAGCUGCAUGCAGCGCACAGCCGGUCUGGUGGAAACCGAAACCGCCACGUUUCUACCACUACCAGUCCGUUCCACAGCCACCACGACCGCUGAGUCCACUGUGUCCACUAUACCACGAAGAAAAAUGCACAGAACAAGAAACCGGAAAAGAACAUAAAAAUUUGAUAUACAUAUACCUUGUGGCCAUAAAUUGGGUAUGCACGUAUUUACUAUUAUGCACGUAUUCACUGGUAACCUCUUUCCAAAAUCGUUUAAUGCACUGUAAUUACCUUGCAUGCCUCUUUGAUUUGGGACUGCUUUUAAUCGCUUUCCUUUCUAUUACAGCAAUCAUUUUUAAUUUUUUUCUUCCGAUACCACGUAAAUAUUUACUUAGCCACUACUGACUACAUCCUAUAAGCCUUUACUGUAAUUGCACUCAAAAUUUUGGCUACUCUUUUUAGCCAAAUUAUUUUUUUCUCUUUGCGCAGUUCUUUGUUUUAAGUUUUACAGUUCACAGGCUUCAGAAAUUGUUUAUAUACAGCAAAAAACAUCCGC